GGUUGAAGGUGGGUGGGAAAUCAUCCGUGCUGAGCCAUAAGCUUGGAAGCGAGGAUUUGUGUGCCGUGAAGGGGAAAAAGGCCGUGAGCCGCUUUUUGCCUUUGGAGGUGGAUCCGGAGAUUUUCGCCGUGAUGUCCUCCCUGAGCCAGCGCCUGAAGGAACUCCAAGUGCCAGGCGAAACCGCCAAGUUCGAUUUCAGUCACCUGAGCUUCUCACAGUUAGAGGAGACCAAGGUGGAUUUCGGACAGGCCCAUGUGGGUCGCACUUACCGCGAGAUGUGGUUGAACCAUCAGGUGUCGGGCACUCGCAUCCCUGUCCACAAAGGGGUGCCAUCGAGUGUGAAGAUCGAGAAGCCGAAAGCCAAGGCGUGGCCCAAGAAACUGGCCCAACCACCGAACGAAACAAUCCCAGUGUGGGAUGCCACAGAGAUGGAGGAGUUCGAGAUGUACGGCGACGAGAUCGAAGCUGGCAUGAGUGUAGUAGCAGCCACCGAGGGUCCCAGUCCAAAUGUGGCUCAAUUGGAAGCCCGAAUGCUGUCCAUGGAGAAUGCCCUGUCUCAGAUUCUCCUUGCACUGGAAAACAUCCAGCCGGCAACCGCCAGUGAAUCUCGGAUAGAUCCCACUGACCCCACUGCACCCAAUUCAGUGAUUGCCCCGCCGACCGAAAGGCCCAGUGCAUCGGAGGCGAAGGACUCCGAAUCCGAUUUGUGUGCCGUGAAGGGGAAAAAGGCCGUGAGCCGCUUUUUGCCUUUGGAGGUGGAUCCGGAGAUUGCAGCUGCCAGUGGUGUGACACGUGACAGAAGUGAGAUCCAGUUUAAGACCAGUGACCCAAAG